CCAAUAGAACAGCAGUGACGUAGCACGCAUGGGCUCGUAGUCGAGCGAUUCAUGCACGGUAUUGCGCCCUAAAUGUCGUAAGCAAAAGCUAAAGGGAUAAAAGACGUAGCGGAUUGGCUGUCCAACACAAGACAGAGGAGUCGCUUUGGUCACACGAUGGUGCGGGCCUUAUGGGCGGUGCUACGGGCGGUGAACACCCAGGGAGCAACCGGGUUAAAAACAAACGUACCUGUCAGCUACGCAGGCGCGCAUCAUCCUUGGAGCGGAGAUUUUCGGCGACACAUUGGUGCGUGCUUCCGAUCUUUAUCCAGUGACAUAGGUCACCAACAGCGUCCGACCAGAAUGCCUGAGAUAACCACAGAGCACCUGGAUGAGAAGCAAGUGAAGUUGCUGGCUGAGAUGUGCAUCCUCAUCGACGAGAACGACAAACGAAUCGGCGCUGACACUAAGAAAAACUGCCAUUUAAACGCUAACAUCGAUAAAGGUUUAUUACACAGAGCGUUUAGCGUCUUUAUUUUUAACAGUGAAGAGAAGCUGCUCUUACAACAACGGUCUGAUGCCAAAAUCACUUUUCCUGGUUGUUUCACAAACACAUGCUGCAGUCACCCUUUACACACAGAUAGUGAACUGGAAGAAAAAGACGCCAUUGGAGUGAGGAGAGCUGCUCAGAGGAGACUUGAAGCCGAAUUGGGUAUCCCCAUAGAACAGGUGACUCCAGAUGAAAUGACUUAUCUAACAAGAAUUCAUUAUAAAGCCCAGUCGGAUGGUGUUUGGGGAGAACAUGAGAUUGACUACAUCAUCUUUAUGCAGAAGGAUGUGGAGUUGAGCCCAGACCCCAACGAAAUCAAAAGCCACUGUUACGUCACUAAAGACGAGCUACGGCAAAUGCUGGAGAAGGCCAAGCGUAAAGAAGUAGAAAUCACUCCCUGGUUUCAACUCAUCGCAAACACCUUCCUCUUCAAAUGGUGGGACAAUCUGCAAAACCUGAACAAGUUUAUGGAUCACAAAAACAUCCAUCGCAUGUAAUCCCUAUUAGUCAGGAGAUUCGAUGGUGGACUCGCCAAUAAGUCUAGAAAGGCAAAUCAUGAAAACUCUAAUAAGCUUCACAAUGUAAAGUUAUGGAUAAGAAUAGCCUAUUUUUCUAUGGUAAAUAAAAUCAUGCCUGGAUAAAGUAUUGAUAUUUUACAUCAUUACACGCAUUGAUGACUAUGAAACAUUAAAAAGUGUUGAAUCGCA